AUGUCUGAAUCCACCCUCGAAUCGCGGUCGUCCUCUGGUCGAUACCCCGUCAGCGGAGGACGUAUAACCCGGAACCGCGCCAGUUAUAGUUGCCACACAUGCCGCAGGAGGAAAGUCAAAUGCGACAAGAUUCAUCCUAUCUGCGGUAAUUGCUCGAAGAACGCAUCUGAAUGUGUCUACGACACUGCAACUCCAAAGAAGAAUGACGACAACGAUGCCGACGACGAGUACAACCAACAUGGAGUCAAGCGACGAAGGCAGACUUUGCGAUCCGUCGACGAAGAAGACGAGGACUUUAAGAUGAUACCAGGCGAGCGAGAACAGGCAGAAUUCAAGGGCGGCUCGCAAGCAAUCGCAGCCCAACUCAACAAACUUACAAAUAUGAUUGAGAAUCUGAGCAAGGCCAAAGGACCUUUACCGGUAGAGGAAAUGAGUCGCCAGCUGCAAGCAAUCAGUCAGGAUGUUGAUCAACAGGCUUCUGUUGGGUCUCGGGCGGCUUUGUCGUCGCAGAAUUCUACCUCGAAUAAGUUGUCUAGUUCGAGGGAUACGAGUCCACGUCGCACGGGUGAUUCAAGCGGAGAUGAGUUUCCUGUGCCGGCGGGAAAUGCUACUGAUCCUGUAGAUCCUGUAAUGAAUUUGGGGCAUCUCAGUCUCGAAGAUGGCAGAUCGAGAUACGUCGGUACAACGUAUUGGGCUUAUAUAUCAGAUGAGAUCAAUGAACUCAAUCAACUAUUACGCGAACAACACGAGUCGCAUGAAGUACCUCCGUCUACCGAUGGUGAUACGGAUGCCGUAAUGGUAUCUGUGGAUCAACCCAUGACGAGAACUCCUUACCCACCUAGCCGUCGUCAAGGGUAUCGGUCGUCGACUAGCGGGCAUCAACUGAACAGAGCACUUUUAUUCUCAGGAGAAUCACCCACCGCGCUUGACAAGAACAUCGAACCAUACAUGUUGGAGGAUAUGCCGACACGGAGGCAAAGCGAUAUUCUAUAUAAAGGAUUCAUGUCUGGUAUCCAUGCGAUAAGUCCGGUACUACACCCGCCUACAAUAUUACAAUCCUAUCAUGCGUUCUGGGAUUGGUAUGAGAAUAGCGGCUAUUCUGGAGAGCGAUGUCCGGAUGUUACAUUUAUUCCACUGCUUUAUGCUAUGUGGCAUGGCGGUUCUGUGACAAUCUCGAUCCAUACAAUCAAAGCCGAGUUUCCUAAUGCUUCAAGCCGCUCUGAACUGUGCGACCCGCUUAAUGAACAUGUGAUUACCUGGCUUGAUAGAAUAUCUUUUCCGCGCAAUCCAUCUUUGCAUGGAUUAGUCGCUUUUCUCAUUACGAAGACCAUUCUUUCUCGAGAAGAGGAGCCUCUAGCGAGCAGUCUUUUCAUCAGUACUGUGCUGAGAGUCGCUCAAGCGAUGGGUUUGCACCGAGAUCCAGCGCAAUUCGGUAUCAAAUCUAGUGAAGCCGAAACACGGAGGAGGAUAUGGUGGCAUAUCAUCCACAUGGACGGCGUUGUUGCCAUGUCUUCCGGUUUGCCCCCUUUGGUUUGCGACGAGAGUUACUGGGACGUGCGGGAGACCAGUGAAGUGAAAGAUACACUGUUAGGGACACCGCAAGCGGAACAGUACUCUCGGCUGGUGGAAGGCAAUCUCAGGCCGCCGGAUAACCCUGAUGAUCCAACGGUCUGCGGUGGUAACUCAAUGGUCAACGUGUUUUAUCUUUGCGCGAGGGGGAAAUACGCAAUGGCUCGGGCUGUCAGGAGAAUCAUGAAAAUCCAGUUAGGAACGAAGCCAGUCACGGGUCGUGACAUGGAAGAAUUGAGGUCGAUUCUCGUCGAUCUUCAAUUUCAGCUGAACUCGCUUAUCAAUCGCAUUCCACUUGCGCAACAUCCAAAUUCUUUUGGGGCUAAAUCUCCAGGAAACACAACGCGAACUGCCCCUCAAGGUCGAAUUGAGCAGGGUUUACUGCCCGACGACGGUCCCGGGGGCUGCUCGGAACAGUACCACACUCCAGUUCUGGUAGCGUUCCAUAAAUGGGCACGAAUUCUUCUUUCGUUGUUCCUGGAUAAAGCAUUCUGCGUCGCUUAUCAACCAUUUCUUAAGAACGCAAGAAGUCGAAUAUGGCCCACAGCACGACAAGGUGCUCUACGGCAUUGUCAUGGUUUCAUGGAAAAGUUUAUUGCACUAGCGACAGAUCCAGAUUUUCAGCCUUUUCAGUGGAGUUGGCCCGGAAAUCMCCAGCCGAUGCAUGCCACCAUGAUAAUGCUGAUUGAUUUAUACGAGCGUCCAAGCAGCCCCGAAGCCCUACGGUCAAGAGCAUUUAUCGACAAGAUAUUUUCAAUUAGUGGACCGGACGGCGGCGUCGUCGGCGGAGAAGACGGGGUUACUACAGCACGGCCAUUAAAAGACGGCGGCCGAGAGGCAUGGGACAUGAUGCGACGACUGCGUGAAAAGGCAUGGCAAAAAGCAGGCUUAAAUCCCCAGCAACUAUGGACGGAGCAGGCUCAAAUCCAGGCCGGGGUUGCUCAUAGUGCUAAACGAGCAACACAACGGUCGUCUCAUGCGAGAAGAUCAAUAGAUACUGCUGCACCACUUGCAAAGCCUGCUGAUGAUGCACAAGUGGCAGAUUUCAAUAGACGGUUUUUUGAGAUGACUCGGAAUCAUGUUCUGGUCAAUCCUGUUGUAUCGUCGUUGAGACAGGAAUCCGCGCAAACUCGGCCGUUGCCUGUGUCGCGUUCGAAUGUGUCCAUGCAAUACCCGACACAAGCUCAACUCAAUAUACCACCCAAUAUACCCUCACCUACUGGCUUCAUACCGAAUCCAUCUCUCGACAGUCAAAGCCUCGACGCAACUUUAACCCUCGCCAAUCUCGCGUCUGGUUCGAUGAUGAACACCCCAAGCCCACAGAACUUCAUCCAGCGACCGCCACAACAACAAUACCGCCAGCCUAUCCAACCAGCCCAACCCUACCCAAUAAUGCAAACAACAUCCCGAUCCUCCUCCUCCCCAACCGCCACAAACACAACAACCUUCUCACCCCUCAACUCCCCGCAAACCACCGCCAUGGCCGCGACAUCAUCCAGUCCCUCCGCAGGCGCGCCCUCAGCACCAACACCGCCUUCCAUGAUGGACCCCAAUCUGACAUUCGAUUGGGACCAAUGGGACGCCGUGUUCGGGCAACAAUUACCCAUGGCCGACGAACUGGUUGAGUUGGAUCCUGUAGCGGGCGGAUUGGGUUUGGGUUUGAAUAAUUUGGGGAUUGAUUUGUUUUCGACAAGUAAUAGUACUAAUAAUAUGGGUCUUGGUGUCGGUGGCGGUGGGAGUGAGAUGGCGACGACGCCGGCGAGUGAUGUCUGGCGGGACUUUGAGUGGCAGUACUAA